GCGCUAUGGGAACCUUAUCGAUUCUACCCGCUCAUAGCCUUUUAAUUGAAAUCUGUUGCGACAGAAUCAAGAUCAAAAGCAGACGCGCUAUUGAUACUUUAAAAAUGGAAGCUGUUUUAAUUUAUACGGCUUUACUGUGUUGGAUAAGUUGUCAGAAUGCGAUGGUACAGGGGACGACAUGUUACAGAGAAGAAUCACUGGGUGAUAGAGAUGGUAAUGUGUAUAUUUGUGAUGAUGAGAGUAAACCCGAGUGUUGUGAGGAGAAUGAACAGUUCACGUGCUGCGAGUCGCAGUCAAAGAAAACAUGGAAAGAGCAACUGAUAUUAUGGGGAACUGUGGGUGGUCUAGUACUACUAGUAAGUCUGACAUGUUGUUAUUUCUGGAGGGAUAAUGUCUGUAGUAAAAGCGAUACAAGUCUGGCACACAGAUGCUGCACAUGCUGCAAGAAAGUAGAGAAGGAAGAUCAGAAGCCUUUUUCAUCUGUACCAGAGCCAGGGUCCUCCAGGAUGUCUCACUUUUCACCCAAACCUUGGAGGUUUGCCGGUCAGGGUAUCAAUGAUGAUGACAGAGAUUCGCCGGCUCCAGCGUUCCAUUUCAAACAACCCACAUAUAAAAAGUAUUAGGAGUCAAAAACUGUGUUUUUUAGCUCACCUGUCACAAAGUGACAGGGUGAGCUUUUGUGAUCGCUUUUCGUCCGCCGUCCGUCCGCCGUCCGUCCGUCGUCCGUAAACUUUUACUUUAAAUGACAUCUCCUCAUAAACCACUAAGCCCUGGGGUCAAAAUUGGCCCCGCCCCAGGGGGUCAUUGAUUUUCCCUAUAUGCAUAUAUAGUAAAAACUUAAAAAAUCUUCUUUUAAAGAACCCAAAGAGCUAGAGCUAAGAUAUUUAGCAUGAAACAUGUUCUAAUGGAUGUCUACCAAGUUUGUUCAAAUAAGAGCCCUUGGGUCAAAAUUGGCCCCGCCCCGGGGGUUACUGAUUUUCCUUAUAUGUGUAUAGCAAAAACUUAAAAAUCUUCUUGUAAAGAACCCAAAGACCUAGAGCUAAGAUAUUUGGCAUGAAACAUCCUCUAAUGGGUGUCUACCAAGUUUGUUCAAAUAAAAGCCCUGGGGUCAAAAUUGGCGCCGCCCCAGGGGGUCAUUGAUUUUCCCCAUAUGCAUAUAGUAAAAACUUAAAAAAUCUUCUUGUAAAGAACCCAAAGACCUAGAGCUAAGAUAUUUAGCAUGAAACAUCCUCUAAUGGGUGUCUACCAAGUUUGUUCAAAUAAAAGCCCUGGGGUCAAAAUUGGCCCCGCCCCAGGGGGUCAUUGAUUUUCCCUAUAUGCAUAUAGUAAAAACUUAAAAAAUCUUCUUUUAAAGAACCCAAAGAGCAAGAGCUAAGAUAUUAAGCAUGAAACUUGUUCUAAUGGAUGUCUACCAAGUUUGUUCAAAUAAGAGCCCUGGGGUCAAAAUUGGCCCUGCCCAGGGGGUCAUUGACUUUUCUUAUAUGUGUAUAGCAAAAACUUAAAAAAUCUUCUUUGAAAAAAACAAAUAGCUAGAGUUUAGAUACUAAGUGAGUGUCUACCAAGUUUGUUGUAAUAAAAGCCCUGGGGUCAAAAUUGGCCCCGCUCCGGGGGUCAUUCAUUUUCCUUAUAUGUGUAUAACAAAAACUUAAAAAAUCUUCUUUGAAAAAACUCAAAUAGCUAGAGUUUAGAUAUUAAGCACGAAGCAUCUUCUAGUUAGUGUCUACAAAGUUUGUUCAAAUAAAAGCCCUUGGGUCAAAAUUGGCCCCGCCCCGGUGACAUUGAUUUUCCUUAUAUGUGUAUAGCAAAAACUUAAAAAUCUUCUUUGAAAAAACCCGAAUAGCUAGAGUUUAGAUAUUAAGCAUGAAACAUUUUCUAGUAAGUGUCUACAAAGAUUGUUCAAAUAAAAGCCCUUGGGUCAAAACUGGCCCUGCCCCAGGUGUGUCAUUGUUUUUAACUAUAUGUGUAAAGAAAAAACUUGACCAGCUAGACCUUAGAUGUUUAGCAUGAAACAUCUUCUAAUGGGUGUCUACCAAGUUUGUUCAAAUAAGAGCCCUGGGGUCAAAAUUGGCCCCGCCCCGGGGGUUACUGAUUUUCCUUAUAUGUGUAUAGCAAAAACUUAAAAAUCUUCUUGUAAAGAACCCAAAGACCUAGAGCUAAGAUAUUUAGCAUGAAACAUCUUCUAAUGGGUGUCUACCAAGUUUGUUUAAAUAAAAGACCUGUGGUCAAAAUUGGCCCUGCCCCAGGGGGUCAUUGAUUUUCCCCAUAUGCAUAUAGUAAAAACUUUAAAAAUCUCCUUUUAAAAAACCCAAAGACCUAGAGCUAAGAUAUUUAGCUUGAAAGAUCCUCUAAUGGGUGUCUACCAAGUUUGUUCAAAUAAAAGCCCUGUGGUAAAAAUUGGCCCCGCCCCAGGGGGUCAUUGAUUUUCCCUAUAUGCAUAUAGUAAAAACUUAAAAAUCUUCUUUUAAAGAACCCAAAGAGCUAGAGCUAAGAUAUUUAGCAUGAAACAUGUUCUAAUGGAUUUCUACCAAGUUUGUUCAAAUAAGAGCCCUGGGGUCAAAAUUGGCCCAGCCCCGGGGUCAUUGACUUUUCUUAUAUGUGUAUA